CUCCUUCCCUGAAGCCGUUGAGCUGAGCGCUUCUGUCACAUGAGCCCAGUAGGAGAGAAGCGCACAGAGCCCGACCAUCCAUUGGGCCAAUUUCAGCAAGUUUCCCCACUGACUGGAUUCUGUCUGCAGCCGGAGCUCGUGGACUGAGUGUGCUUCCCGCUGUGAUACACACUCGGUAGAGGAAGAGUUAACCGGAGAGUUCCUUCUAUCACAACAAAACCAAAAAGCAGCGCAAAAAAAAAAAAGAAAAAAAAAGAAAAAAAAAAAAACACGCAGAAAUGACAGCCGAGGUCAUUUCACCUGGAAACCACUGAGAACCGCAUCCUCCUGCGCUGCAUCCAGUCGUUCAACCGUGUGGGAAGAUGCGACGGAGUUACAGGAUGAAUCCCGCUUUCGUAGCAGUGUUGCUUGGAGUGGUUGGAGCUCUGGCCAAUAAAGAGGAUUGUUUGUCGGGCCAGUAUACAGUCAGCGGGGAAUGCUGCAUUCAGUGUCAGCCCGGAGAAGGGGUCACCAGACCAUGUGGAGUCACACAGACUGUCUGUGACCCUUGCCUUGACAGUGAAACUUUCUCAGAAAACCUGAGUCACAUGGAGCAAUGCCAGCCGUGCACACAAUGUACAGGUUUACUCCGCAUGGAGACGCCCUGCACGGACUCCAACGACGCCACCUGUGUGUGCAACUACGGCUACUACCUGGAUGAAAUCUCUCAGCGGUGCCAACCCUGCACCAAAUGUCCUGAAGGCCAGGGCAUGCUGCUCAGCUGCGAGCUUGACCAUGACACUAUGUGUGAGCAGUGCAUCGGGGACACGUACUCAGACCAGGAAAGUUCUCGAGAGCCCUGCAUCCCCUGCACCCUCUGUGAUGAAGGGGAUGAGUUACAGGCCUGUACGUCUGUCAGUGACACAGUUUGUCAAGUUCGCUACAUGACCACGCCAUUCAUAGAUUCAUCCACGUCCAUCUAUGAAGACCUUCUAUCAGAGGGCCCUACAGACAGCACCACCACUACCACCAACGGUGAUUCCCAGGAGCGGCUCUAUCAGGGUCUGAACGACAAACUCAUUCCCAUCUACUGCUCCAUCCUUGCAGCUGUCGUGGUUGGCCUCGUGGCGUUCAUCAUCUUCAAGAAGUGGAACAGCUGUAAGCAGAACAAGCAAGGAGCCAAUAACUGUACAGCUAACCAGAACCAGACGCCAUCCCCUGAGGGGGAGAAGCUGCACAGCGACAGCGGCAUUUCUGUGGACAGCCAAAGUCUGCAGGAGCAGCAGGGCCAGACUCAAGCACAGACAGUUGUCACCAUGGAUGAAGAGCCUUGUUUGCUCCUUCCUCUUCACACCAGAGAGAGAGUGGAGAAGCUGCUGUUCAGGGGCAGUGAGGGAGAUGACUGCGACCACAUGGAUGACAGCGACUGGUGCAACCUGGCGGGCCUUCUCGGGUACGAGGAGGAGCGGAUCGCGACCUUCCGGCAGGAAGAGCAUCCUGUCCGCGCACUCUUGUCCGACUGGGCCAGCAAGGACUGCGCCAGCAUCGACACGCUGUGCACAGCACUGCGUAAGAUCAACCGCGAUGACAUCGCCCAGAGUCUUGUGCUCAGCCCAACUGCUGCAAAGCCAACCGCCACCUCUGUAGUGUGAUUUAAGCUUAACAGAGAGCAAACCACCUGAACCUUAGCCUUAAAAUUCUUCCGUGGCCUCCCACAAUCCACAUAAUUCAUGCUAUAACCGCUUUAAGCUGUUCCCUCCUGAAGCCAGCAGUACCAUGAUGAUCAAAUGCCAUGAAUCUUGAUGAAUCGUUCCAUGUUUAAUCAACAGUCCAGAAAGGAAGAGGCCAGAAAUCAGAUAAAACUGAAUGAAUAUCAACUUCCUGAAUCAAAUCAAUGCGAAAGAAGCAAAAACUUUUCAUUUAACUGUCAGGAUGUGCGUGUAAUCAGUCAUUUUCCACACUAUUUAGCAUUCAGCUGACCGUUUCAUGUGACUUUAUUAACCAUGGAGAAGCAGUGGGCUUUGAACGGAAGUUAAAGUGGAUGCCUGGCUCUUGAUUCUCUGCAUCUUUAUUCUUCAUUCUUAAACAAGAAUAGUCAAUGUGGCCCUUACUUAUAGCCUUCAUAAGCCAGUGUCAUACCUCCACAUGUUACUUUUCAAAUCCAUGCUACCAAAGAGGAGUAAACGUCUCCAGACCAUACCUGACAAGCAACAUUACUUACAUGCCAUGUUACUCUUUUUGAAUUUAAGUUGACAAAUGGCUUGUGUCUGUUACUGCUACCGGAUUGAGGCCUGCAUACCACAGAGUAUCUGGAUCUUUGCAAAUAUGACAAUCUGAGGAAAGACGCUUGGACGCAUUUCAAAUGAACCUUUUCUCCUUCAGCAAAAACAAAAGCCAAGUACAGGUAUUUACUCUGCUUUUAAAUAUUUGUGUUAGAUUUAAAACAUGGAGUUCCAGCACAUGUGGAAUUAAUCUCAACGUUGGCUUUGUCUUAAAAGACUUCUGCAGACUCUUUUUUUCCCCCCAGACAAGUUCUAGAUGAACUGCUGGCUGGACUUUACCAACCAGGUGGUCUGUGGGGCAGAUCAUUGACCGAGGCAACAUGAGACUCCAGUCUAUGUGCUCGGGCCUAUCUGCGUAACACAGGAGCUCCUACACAGAUUGCUUCAUACUGACCCAGAAAAGGGAAGGACGUGGGACUCAAAACUCAAGUCACCCAGUAACAAACAUGUAUUCUUUAUGUACAUAAGGAGACAAGUGCACACAUCAAUUAGAGACAUGCACAUACUAUACAUACAUACAGUACACACAUAGACCUGCAGUAUGUAGCCAUGCAUGCAUGUACUAUACAAACACACACACACAGAACAUGUAUGUAUUUGCAUUGUUGUUUAGUCUAGGAGACACAGAAAACUUCAGAUCCUGCCAUAUACUGUAUGGAGUCUUACAAGGGGACCAUAUACUGUUUAAUCUCACUGUUAGUAGAAAAGAUAAGGUAACUGUGUCUUUCAAAUAUGUCUAAAAAUUGUAUGAUUUGCGAUGUGCACUAUAGAUGGUGAAAUGCUACAUUAACAGUAAACAGCAUGCAGAAACUAGCAACUCAUUGUCAGCCAGUGCACAAAUCCCAAGACAGAACAAAUGUACAUAGAGUACAAAUGACCAGGAUGCAAAGCAAAAACCCAGAGUUUUCUAUCUUUUUUGCUUCAUUUCUCAGGGUAUCUUAAAUGAUUGUGUUACAUCGAUAUAACACUUAAUAUUUCACCCUCUAUGACUAACUGAAAAAUCUAUAAUUGUUCAAGAGGAGACGUUGCUUAUCCAAAGCAGCGAUUCUUGCGACUGACAAUCCUUCAAACAGGUGAAUUAGAGUGGGGAAACGGGACAGAGAAAAAAAAAAAAAAAAAAAGGGUGUCUCGUUUCCUCAUUGUUUUCAACAAUGGCUUCUGGAUAAAAGGCAAGCCAGUAGAGACAUACGUCAAAGGAUGUGGGAUGAAUUCAGGCCAAAGGAAAGCGGAAAAGUUUUGGAUUACUUAAAUGUAAAGGUGAAACACAGGAAUCUGCAUUUGCAUUAAUCAGCUUGUUUGUGUAUAGAAUGGCAUUCCUCUGGCAUUAUGUGCUUUUUACUUUGUAUUGUGUUGCACCUAUUUGGUUUGAAUUUGUCAAAGCAUACUUCAACAUCAUAAUUAUGAUAUGAUUAUUGUGCUGCCAACUGAUGACCCAUCAGACCUACUUUUUUCCCCUUUUUGUUUAUCGUCUAUUUUGGGGGAAAAUGUGAAGGAGCAAAUAGUUUACUGUGCUAAACUUACCUAUAUCACCACUUCAUCUGUUACUCUGGGUACAGAUUGUACAUUGUUACUAACCAUUAGCAUACUGAGCUUCAUGCUGUAGUGUUACUUUAAAUGAAGGUAUUCUCACUCUACUCUCAAAGGUUUGUUGUAUUUUAAUUCCCAAAUAACAAUUGUAUAUGGUAUUACAUUUCUCUUAUUGUCCUAGAUCGUAGCACUUACAUGUGUAAUAAUGUUUGUCUGUUUUGCAUCACAAGUGCCUGGGAACUAUUUCAGGUGUCCGCUGAUGUUGUAUAUUUCUGUUUUUGUAAGUAUAUCUUCUUGAGUUCUUGUUUUUUUUUAAACUUGUAAAUAAUUUGUAAUUUUCAUUUUCAGUUUUUAUCUUAGUUAACGCCUGGAAGGUGCCACUGUAUAAUAUGUGAAUGGGGACUUUGUUACAAUAUCAGUGCUGUCCAAGUUUAGAAGAAAGCCCAAAGGGUAGAGAGGUACCUUUGUGAGGUAUUUGGUGCAAUUGACAAAUUAUUUACCAUCAGGUGUAUUAAGGUAUUGUGUCAUUAAGACUGGACACAUGGGGAACACAUAAUUAAAAUACCUAAUCAGAACUCUAGACUCAAAUCGCCCAUUUAGUAGAGCACCACUUGAGUAGUGAAAUACACUCACUCACCUUUUUGCUGAGAGCUAUAUGAGAAGAUUGAUGCCACUCUUAGGCAUGUUUAUGAUAAAUUUAGCUAGAGCUAGCAGCUUAGCUUAGCAUAAAGACUGGAUGUAGAGGGAAACAGUUCACUUGGCUCUGUUGUUUGUUUAAUACAUAAAAAAAAAAGUGUUGUGCUGGGUCAGAGCUAGGCUAGCUGUUUCCAUAAGUUUCUAGUCUUUAUGCCGAGCUAAGCUAACUGACUGCUGACAUGUAUCAGACAUAUACAGAGUGGUAUCAAUAGUGGUAUCGAGUGGUAUCAAUCUUUUUAUCUUAGUCUUGGCAAGAAAGCAAUAUUUCCCAAAAUAUCAGAUAUAUGUGCAUAAAUUUAAGUGUUGCAACAGUAAGUAUUCAUUAAAUAACAAAAAUAGACAAACUAUAGUCUAGAUGUGUACAACCUACUUUAUUACAUUUUUUCCUUGAGGCUUUGACUCAAGGAACAUGUUGCAUUUUAAGUAAAAAGUUGAAAGAAAUGCAAGUUCUUAGUUACCCGAAAUGUUGCACAAAACCUAAAGGUCUUAAUAUGACUUUGCUUUGAUAAAUUGAUGAAGUUUAUUAAUUAAUAGUAGGUAGUAAUAGGAAACACUCUCCACUUUGGUUUAACGACACCAAAGAAAUUAUUUUUGUUAAGUGCUUGUGUUCAAUAUUAUCCAUCACCAUAGAAAGACCUUCCCUGAAAGCCCUUUGUCCAUUCUACAAUAGCUUAGUCAACAUGACAUGUCUUGAGAGUUUGUCAGAAACUUGUACUGAAGAUUGGGGCCAUUCCUUGGACAGUAUUUGUUUGGUUUGAUCGAUAUUAAAGAUUUAAUUGACCAGAGGUUGAAUUGCUUGAACAGAAAACCCAACUGAAGGUGAACAUGUCAUGAUAUUGCACUUGAGAGUAACAAAGUAAUCUUGCAGAUGGUGGUGGGAGGUUGGAGACGGGGAACUAAAAGACCGUCUUUGGAGGAUGAAAAAUUAAAAAAAGCCCUGGAAAUGUAGCUCAUAUUGACAAGACUGACAGUGCACCAGGACUGAAUUGUACAAAUGUGAGAGAUACUGAAUGUUCCUUGUAUACUAAUACAUAUACUGUACUAUACUUAAUGUGAAUUUGCAAAAUUCCUACCACAGACAAGCAGUAAAACCACUAAUAAAGCUCUUAAAUGCA